AAUAAAAAUGAAAUCACCUUUUUAACACUGACAUCGCCUCAGCCCAGCGUGUAUACGACUGCUCAGAAGCUCACCAUGAAGCAACCGUACUAGAUUAUUAUUAUUAUUAUUAUUAUUAUUAUUAUUCACAGCUCUAUAAAGAUAAGAAGCAUUUGGUGAGGCUUUGGCGAAGCCCAAACUGAUCAGCUAAGUCUUUGAAAGGCUGAGGAGCUUGAACACCUUGCUUCAGCCACAAAAGGGUCUCUCAGGGUCUUGCUUUGAAUUAUGAAGCGUUCCAGCUACACGGAUUCUUUGGAUGAUUUGAUCUCCGUCUGUCGUUCUAGAGUUGCAGAGAAAAGUAGUCCCAAGAGCAAGCAACUUUACAGUAGGGAGUUUCAGAAAAUGAUAGACAGCUUAGAAGAAGAAGACUACAGAGAGGAAGCCAGCCAGUCUAUAGAAAAGAAAAGAAGAUUAACUUCGGAUCAAGUUAAGGCCUUGGAGAAGAAUUUUAAGGUUGAAAACAAGCUAGAGCCAGACAAAAAAGCCAAAUUGGCCGACGAAUUAGGCCUGCAACCGCGACAGAUUGCUGUCUGGUUUCAAAACCGCCGUGCCCGUUUGAAAACCAAGGAAUUGGAGAGAGAAUAUUGUCUUCUGAAAGCCAAUUAUGAUUCCCUGAAGAUCGAUUAUAAUAAUCUUGAACAAGAAAACGAAUCAUUGGCAACUAAGAUAAGAGAGUUAAAAGCUAAACUUUGCCAAGAAAAUGUUGAGAGCGGUGAUGCCGUUAAAGAAGAUGCCCCCAUUUCACAACUGAGUAAAAACCAUGGAUUAUGUGAUAAUGAUAACGCUCAGCCUCUAAUAUCUCCAGCUUCUUCUUCCUCUCUACAAAUCACUGGCUCUUCUUCAUCUUCACAUUCAUCAAUGAACUGGGUUCAGUUAUCAGACCCCAGAAAAAUGCUGGACAAUGUCUUUCAACAGCCUUAUUUUGUGAAAGUAGAAGAGCAAAGCUUGUUUAAUUCAGAGGAUUCCUGCAAUAUCUUCUCAGUUGAUCAAGCUCCUACUCUGCAGUGGUACUUCGCUGGGCAGUAAAACCAGUGAAGAUGCAAAAUUUUACAUCUUUGGAGAAGGGUUUUCAAGUUUAUUCUCGGCAAUGGCGGGAACAGUAAUAAGUCAGUUAACUUUCAUAAAUCAUUUGAAAAUUGCCAUUAAUUCCGUUAAAGCUCAUAUUUUAUAUUAUCAUGCAAGUAUGAUGAAGAAAUGAUCUCAUCUAUUCUAACUCCUUUCCUUUCCAUGUGUAAAUACUAAAAUACAGAGUGUGCUACCCCAGGCUUAUUCAUUAAGCAGACAUACACUCUUUGAUUGAAUUA